AUGCACGUGCUGGCGCAGAAUGCGUUGCCGAUGCAGCAUUUGCUGCUAAUGCUCAGCGUGCUGUUGCUGCAGCUAAAGUCUCAGCAGCAGCGGCUGCAGUCUCAGCAGCAGGAGCUGCAGUCUCUGCUGCAUUCUCCGCAGCAGUUGCUGCAAGCUCUGCUGCAGUCUCAGCAGCAGGAGCUGCGGUCUCUUCUGCAUCCUCAAGAAGCAGCAGCAGCAGCUGCAGCAGCGGCAACAGCUGCAGCAGCAACAACAGCUGCACCAGCUGCAGCAGCAGCAACAGCUACAGCAGCUGCAGCACCAAGAGCUACAGCAGCUGCAGCAGCAGCUGCAGCAGCAGCAACAGCUACAGCAGCAGCAACAGCUGCAGCAGCUGCAGCAGCUGUAGCAGCAGCAACAGCCGCAGCAGCUGCAGCAGCAGCAGCCGCUGCUGUUUGUAUCUGUGUCGCUUUGCACUAG